AUGGCUGAGAAACCUAUUGUUAAGAAUGUUGACAUGAAUGAAGAAAUGCAGCAAGAGGCCAUUGAAUGUGCUCAAGCAGCCUUGGAGAAAUAUAAUAUUGAAAAAGACAUUGCCGCCUACAUCAAGCGAGAAUUUGACAAAAAACACGGAGUAACUUGGCAUUGUAUUGUUGGUCGAAACUUUGGCAGUUAUGUAACACACGAGACCAAACAUUUCAUUUACUUUUACAUCGGACAAAUUGCCAUUCUCUUGUUUAAGUCUGGAUGA